UAUGAUCUUUGAGUUUUGUACUAAAAAAUCAGUCAUGGGGAUUGGAUGUGUGUGAUUUUAAUGCAGCUGUUUCCUCUGCUCUCUAUGGCGCAGUGUUGAUGACAUGAGUUCUGUCUCUGCCUAUGAGUCUGGAAAGGCAGGUUUGCUACUAAUUCCGAUUAGAGGGACACCUGAAAAAAAGUGUCCACAGUUAUGAGAAAGUAAAACAGGAAAUAUGUGAAGAUCAAGAAUGAGGACUUCAAAAUCAAACCUCCUAGAAAAAGAGGAGAGUCACAGCAGAAGGAAAUGGGCAUGGUGGUACGCACACUCAUUUCCUUGUGUGAUCUCAUGUUAAGCAAUAGUAUGGAAUUAGUUGCAACAUGCAGUCCAAACAGCUUUUAUGAGAGGAUGAGAAGCCUCAUGUGUGAAGAGCCUGAAACAGCUCAUGAGGAAACACAAGGAAAAUAUAUUGUGAUGUCAUUGCUUCUAAAAUCAGCCUUCCUGCUUUUGAUAGAGCCCCAUUGUUGGUUGGUUGGUUGUUUUUUUUUCCUCUGCCUACAACUUUCCUAUUGAGUAAAGCCUAAGCUCAUUCUUGAAUUACUUUUCUGAAGACUCACGGCGGCAUAGACUGAAGGCUUGGGUUGUGCUGCAAGCGUUCAAACUGCCCUGGCUCUGUGUUACUGGGAUAGCGUUUAGAUGCUCAGGGGUUGGGGAAUGAUGACAUGUGACAAUGGGAAAGCUAUCUGACUUUGGCUUUGCACAGUGCAAACAGCAGGCAUUUCAAAAAAACACCCAGACCUUUUGUCCUGCACAAGAAGUCACGUGUACAUAAAUCAGGUCUGCAGCUGUGCAAGCUCAGCUGUAAGCACAGAAUGAAACAAUUGGAGAAAUAACAGGAUUUAAUUUGCAAGACAGUAGAGCCACGUAGUGCUGUGGGAAAGAGUAAUUUAUUAAAAGUGUGAAAGUAAACCUGCCUUGCAGUUUCUAACCAGUGUUAUUUGGGCUUCUAUACUCUCUGCAAGAUAGCCCAGACUCAGCCUGCUGUUGCAAGUCAGCAACAUUUUAGUUCCCCCUUAGGGUUCUGUUAAUAAAUCUCUGUAGUAUGAGGCAAAGUAUGGCCUUCUGUACAGAGACAGGGCAUAUUUAUCAUCUUACAGCCCACUUCCUCAUGCUGCAGUAAGGUUGAAAAACCUUGCUUCUGUCACAAACUGUGUUGCAGUUCAUGUUGUGGGGAGGAGGACAUUUUUGAGCAGUCACUAGGAAAUGAGAGCUUUGAAGUUCCUUCCUGAGUCUGACUCCUAGACAUAUUUCAUUUGGAAGAUCACAACGGGGGAUCUUUUAGAAGGGAAAUGGCUACUUAAAGACGUGCUUAACACAGGACAGUGAGUUUACACAGUGAUAUUAAUCUAUUGUUCUGCUAACUGUUAAGCACUUCUGUCCCUGGAAUCACACCCCAGUCGCCGGUUCCUGCGAAUAUGAAAUGACUGAAUCAAGCUGGGGAGGUCAAAACGCUUCUUAUAUUGAAAGUCUUGUAAAAUUUUGUUAGCUUAGAAGAACAAAACUUCCAGAGUUCUUGAGAGAUGGCUUUGGAGACAUGUGGAAGCUGUUUGAGUUGCCUGCUGAUACCUCUUGCGCUUUGGAGUAUUGUUGUGAACAUCCUCCUGUACUUUCCAAAUGGGAAAGCUCUGCAUGCUGCCAUUUACCAGCUCCCCAACUAUGAGUGGUAUUUUGAAGGUAUCUGUUUCUCAGGUGUGAUGAUCCUUCUUCUGGCAGUAAUUCUAGUAACACUGGAGUGUAGUGUGUUCUAUCGGUGCUGCCAGAGUGAGAGCUGUAACAAAACUUACAGGAGUUUUAUUUCAAUUGUGCUAGCCCUGCUUGGAAUUGCUUUCUCAGGAUACAGUUGCAUCAUUUUUACCCUGCAUUUGAUUCAAGGCCCUUUCUGCAAUUCAUCAAGUGGAUGGAAUUAUAUUUUCAAAGACACUGCUGGGGGGUACCUCACAGAUUACCCUACCUGGUCUAAGUGCACAGAGCCUGCUAACAUAGUGGAGUGGAACAUCAUUUUGCUCUCAAUUUUGAUAUCUCUCAGUGCACUGCAGUUGAUCAUCUGCAUUCUCAAAGUAGCUGCUGAGUUGAAGCGAACACUCUGUGGGACCUAUUCUGUUUUUGUCCAGGCUGGGAUUCUCUGAAAAUGGCAAGGAUAUCAUUGCUGCUUCUCCCCCACCUCCAGAUAAUGAAAGAGAUGGCCUGUCCAUGAUCCAUUGUGGUAGAUUGGAGUGCUACAAAGAAAAAUGAAACCCUUAUCGUAAAUCUCUGUCUGUCAAGCUUCUCUAUUUUGGAUGAAGUAUAUUUGAACUGUCUGACAUCUACGUUUUUCUUCACCUGUCCUGUUGCUCCUGGCAAGGACAGUUCAUUUUUUUACCCUCCAACUUGUUGUGACAAUAGGGAUGUUUGAAUACAAUGGAACUGCUUUUGUAUUGAAAUUACCUUAUUUUUUUUAAUAAACUGAUGUAGAACUGC